AUGGAUGAGUGCAGCUUUGAAGAUCUUCGUCUUCAAGUCAAAAGGCGUAAUGCCUCCUCUUCAACCCGGAUCAAGGUAACCAACUUUAUCACCCAUCCUUUUAGCAAUACUAAGAUGCGUCACAAAAUUGGUCACAAAAUUAAGGAUGUUCAAGAGAAGCUAGACCAAAUUUCUUCCGAGCGCCAAAAGUUACAUUUGCGUGAAUCUAUUCCUGACUCAAAAAUAGACAAGUUUACUAGUAGUUGGCGUGAAACAAUGUCUCUUUCUAGUAGUAAUCAAGUGUAUGGUAGAGAUAAGGAGAAGAAAGAGAUUAUUGAUAUUCUACUCAAUAAUACAUCUAGUGCUUCUAAAAAACUAUCUGUUCUGCCCAUUGUUGGAAUUAUUGGGGGUCUAGGUAAAACAACACUUUCCCAGAUGGUCUUCAAUGAUGAUGAGGUUUCUAAGCAUUUUGAUACCAAACUCUGGGUUUGUGUAUCUAAUGAAUUUAACAUUAAGUUGGUGAUCAAAUCCAUCUUAGAAGUAGAAAAGGCAGAAGCUUCCUUAGAAGAAUUGCAGAGAAAAGUUAGAGAUAAAUUGAGAGGGAAAAGAUAUUUGAUUGUAUUGGAUGAUGUUUGGAAUGAAAAAGAAGAUGCAUGGGCUCAGUUGAGAUCUAUAUUAGAUUGUGGAUCAAAUGGUUCUUUCGUCCUUACCACGACACGUAAAAAGAGUGUGGCAACAAUAAUGAAAACAAUUGCCUAUUUUGAGUUACUGCCACUCUCUAACGAUGAUUGUUGGCUACUAUUCAAAGAACGUGCAUUUGAGGAUGGAAAACCAAAACAUCAAAACUUCAUUAAUAUUGGUAAAGAAAUAGUUGGGAAAUGCAAGGGUAUUCCUUUAUUGGUCAAGGCAUUGGGAAGUCAACUGAGCUUUGGUGAGGACGAAAAAGAAUGGCGUAGAAUAAGAGAUAGUGAGAUAUGGGAGAUAUUUCUAAAUGAAGAAUCUGAUCUCUUGCCUAUUCUAAAGUUGAGUUUCUAUGACCUCCCUUAUUAUUUGAGAAGAUGUUUUGUGUUUUGUGCUAUAUUUCCCAAGGAUACUGAAAUUGAAAAGGAGAGAUUAAUUCAAAUGUGGAUGGCCCAUGGUUUGAUUCCUACAUUAAAAAACCAAGAAUUGGAAGAUGUUGGGAAUGCAAUUUGGAAGGAGUUGUGCUGGAGAUCCUUUUUUCAAGAUGAAAAAGAGAACAAAGAUUGGGGUGAUAGAGUUUAUACAGCAGGUAUGAUGCAUGAUCUUAUGCACGAUCUUGCCCAAUCUUUAAUGAAAGAUGAAUAUUAUAGGAUGGAUGCUAACAGCUCAAGUGAUGGGUUAGGAGAACAAAUUCGUCAUGUCACAGUAAAGGUUAAUGAGGUAGACAAAACAUCAGUUUGUUCUCUUAAAACAGUUGGAGGGCUGCAAUCAAUAAUGCUCCAUGGAAGAGAUAAUGGAGAUGCCGCAAAGGAGAUUUUGAGUGUCCUGAAGGAACUUCCGGCUUUACGUGUCCUUGAAGUAUGCUCUCUUGUGAAAUGUCAAUAUUUGUCUCAGGUGGGAAGUCUAAAACAUCUGAGAUACUUAGACAUUUCCGGUAGUGAAAUAACAACAUUACCUAAUAGUAUUUGUAAACUCUUGAACUUACAGACUCUGAAUCUCAAUAAAUGUUAUCAUCUUCAACAUUUCCCUACAAAUACAAAAGACCUUAUUAACCUGCAACAUCUUUAUUUGGAUCGUUGUGAUGGAUUAAAAUAUAUGCCUAGAAGCAUAGGGCAAUUGAAACAACUCAAGAUGUUAAGCUUGUUUGUGAUAGGCAAGGAAGAGAGUGACUGCCAACUAGAUGAAUUAAGAGAAUUGGAUAUCUCCGGAUCACUAAAAAUUAAGAACCUUGGAAGAGUUAGUGAUGCAUCUAUUGCAAAAGGGAUAAGUAUGGCUAAAAAGUCGAGUAUCAACAAAUUGGAUCUGGAAUGGGCAUCUAAAGAUGAAGUUGAUGUUAAUGAGACCAAGAGUAGUAGACAUGAGAAAAUUGGCGAAGCUCUGGAGGUUUCAACUACAAAUCUGAGGAUAUUGAAAAUGAGUGGUUACAAAGGUGUGAAUCCCCCUAAAUGGGUGGGAAUGUCAUCUCCUUCUGUAACAGGCCUUGAGGGAAUGGACAAUGUGAAUACUAUUGCUAGUAGUAGCGAUGGCAAUGAAAUGAUUCUGGAGAUAUCUUUUUGCCCAAAGCUAGGGGCCUUGCCACCGCAUCUCAAAGCACUCAAACAUGUAACUAUUAUAGCUGAUUGUUCGGAUGAGUUGUUAUAUAGCAUCUCAAAUCUUAGUGGUCUCACUCAUCUCUUUCUUGGUUUUAUGGAAGAAAGAAGUGUUUUAUUUCCAGCUGCUAAUGCAUUAAUGUUUGAUGAUGGGGACAUUAAUGAAGCACAAUUAGGAGUACCCUCAACUUUCCAAUCUCUUCAACAUCUGAAAAUUGAGAACUGCAAGAAGUUAAGGCGUUUGUUUGACGAGGGAAUGAUAAUGCAAGAGACAUUAAAGAUUAGUGGCUGCCAGAACCAACAAAAGCAUCCUCUUCAAGGACAAACAGAAAGAAUAAGAGGUCUCAGGGAAUUGGAGAUUUACUAUUGCCCCAAUUUGAUGAUAUCAGUUGAGGAAUUUGGAAACCUCAAUAUUAAUAAUUCACUACAGGGUUUAUGUAUCAUGGGUUGUCCUAAGUUGGUGUCUUCAGAAGAAACUGACGAUUUUGUUGCACUCCUGCGUUCCCUUCGAGCAAGACUUGAUCCUUGGUACUUCAAUGUUGAUAUCAUAAAGGAAUAG